AUGUUCCGGACACCCGAGUGGACAUAUUGUAUUGGCUGUGAUGUACCCCCGUUUGAGGAUGUUCCGGACACCCGAAUGGACAUAUUGAUCGGCUGUGAUGUACCGGAGACGCAUUGGGUUCUGGACCAAAGGGUAGGAGGCCGUAGAGAUCCGUAUGCUGUGCGCAUGAUUUUCGGUUGUGUCUGGACCCGAGUGGACAUAUUGAUCGGCUGUGAUGUACCCUAG